GCUCUCCACACACUUUACAAUGGCCAUGAUUGUCAACGGCACUGUCCUCAUUCCAGCCCUGAACGGCACUCUCAUCAACCCGGACGACUGCGCGAUCGGCGUGUGUUCGAUGGACUAUGCACAGAUUGAAUAUGUCCCAACAUACGGCGGCAAUCUGGCAUACUGCCUCAUAUUCAGCUUCCUCCUCCUAGCUCAGAUGGGGCUUGUCUGGAAAUAUCGUACCUGGGGGUUCUUUGUGGGCAUGUUUUGCGGCCUUCUCCUUGAGGUACUCGGCUAUGCUGGUCGGAUCUCUCUCUCGGGAAAUCCGUUCAACUUCGAUCAAUUUGUACUUUUGAGCUCUUGUCUGACAAACGCAGAUNACCUUGUAUGCCUCACCAUCGGUCCAGCCUUCAUCACAGCCUCUAUCUACCUCUGUCUCGGCCGCAUUGUCAUCGUCUACGGUCAAAACAUCUCACGCUUCUCCCCAAAGUUCUAUACCCUCACCUUCAUGAUCUGCGACUUUAUCAGUCUCUUGCUCCAAGCUGUCGGAGGAGCUCUAGCCGCCACACAAGACGCUUCGAACCCGUCCCAUACUGGUGUCAAUAUCAUGAUCGCUGGUCUCGCUUUCCAAGUUGUCAGUCUGACAAUAUUCAUCGCGCUCAGCAUGGAGUUUGUUUACAGAGCGUACAAAGCAAGAGAGAGCGAUCUAAAUUUCGGCUUCUUCGAUCUCAGAAAGCGCACCAUGUUCCGCAUCCUUCCGUACGCUAUCGCGGUUGCGACAAUCACAAUCUACAUCCGUUGCGCCUUCCGUGUUGCGGAGCUCAAGGAUGGGUUUGGAGGAAAGUUAGCCAAUGAUCAAACCGCAUUCAUGAUUCUGGAAGGUCCGAUGAUCAUCAUCGCGACGAUUGCGCUCACUGUGUGUCACCCUGGCAUUGCCUUUGGCAGUGCGUCGUCUUGGGCAGCUGCAAACUGGACCUUCAAGAAGAGCACCAAGGGCGAUAACAGUCAUACAAGAAUGGUCAGCCAGGAGGCUGCAACACCUUCGCUCGUAGAGAGCGAGGUACACGACAUGAAGGCCCGUGUU